AUGGACACCGAUAAACUAACGACCAGCUCUGCAGGCUUUGGGACCAACACCUCCACCACCGGCUCUCUUUUUGGCAGCAAGCCAGCGUCCAAUCCCUUUGGCUCGACAGCCUCCAAUACCGGCGGGGGGCUUUUCGGCAGCUCAACAGCCAACACUGGCGGCUUUGGCUCAGGAGGCGGGUUCGGAAGCAGCACCACGAACAAUGCCUUCGGCAGCAAUACUGGUGGUUCAGGCUUUAGCUUUGGCGCGACAAAGCCUGCGUUCGGCUCGACUACCAAUUCUACCCCGUUGUUUGGCCAGGGUGGCUCAGGCACAACUGGUGGCUUUGGCUCGUCUUCAAGCCCCUUUGGCGCCGCGGGUAGCGGAACUGCUCUGAGCAAUCAGUCCGUCCCUCCCUCAGAAGGCACAGCCUCGACGCCGUAUGCGCCGACCUUGGAGAAAGAAGCCGCAGGCGUGUCGAGCAAUUACCAGAGCAUCAAUUUUAUGCCCCCAUACCAGAAAUACUCAUUUGAAGAGCUUCGACUGGCAGAUUACAAUGCGGGUCGUCGUUAUGGGAACAACACUGGCCAGGCUGGUGGAUUCGGGACGAACAGUUUUGGUGGUUUCGGAGCAAGCAACACCGGUGGGUUUGGCAGCAAUACCAACUCUAAUCCCUUUGGCGGCGCUACGGCUACCACCUCGUCAGGCUUUGGCGGCAAUACCUCAACGACUGGUUUCGGGAGUGGUGGGAGUGGUGGCCUGUUUGGGAGCAAGCCUGCUGGUGGCGGCUUGUUCGGCCAGCAGUCUUCAGCAGCUCCCUCAGGUGGCCUCUUCGGGACCUCGAACAAUACAUCAACUAAUGCUUUCGGAGGCGGCGGCAGCAGCAGCACCGGCUUCGGAUCUGGCGGAGGGCUCUUUGGGAAUAACAACAACCAGAAUCAGCAGAAACCUAGUUUGUUCGGCACCAACACCGGCAACACCGGCUCUUCGUUCUCGUUUGGCGGCAAUACCAACACCUCCACCACAGGUACGGGCGGCGGCUUAUUCGGCACCAACACCAACAAUUCGAACACGGGUGCGUUUGGUGGAAAUCAGCAGCAGUCUGCUGGACUAUUCGGAAACAAUAACAACACACAGCAGAAGCCUUCGCUUUUCGGCACCAACACGGGUGGUUUCGGAGGCUCGACAAAUCAGAAUCAACCUUCUGGGGGCUUGUUUGGAAGCACCACAAAUACCAGCACUGGUGGCGGUCUGUUUGGCAACAAUGCCAAUACGAACACUGGCACCAGUGGUGGCUUGUUUGGAAGCCAGCCCAGUACAAACACUGGUGGAGGUCUCUUUGGGAGCACUUCCAAUAACCAGCAGAAGCCCGGUGGUCUGUUCGGAGGUAGCACGUUUGGCGGCAACAACGCUUCCAAUACAGGCACAGGUCUGUUCGGAGGGAACAACCAGCAGCAGUCAGGCGGCUUGUUCGGAAGUACCAACAACAACACUGGUUCAGGGUUCUCUUUCGGUAACAAUGCCAACAAGCCAGCGACUGGCUCGCUUUUCGGGACCAGCACCAACCAGCAACAAGGUGGCUUUGGCAACAGCCUCUUUGCGCCGACCCAGAGCACUCAACAGAACCAGCAGCAAUCGGAGUUCAAGACGUCGUCCUUGAAUGAUCCCAACCCUUACGGUCAGACGUCCAUCUGGACUGGGCUGCCGGUCCCGACGCCUGACAACUCCAAGCCACUCUUCACCCCUUUGUCGGCGACUCAGAAGAUGAAGGAGAGUCAAUCCAAACCACCACCGAGUCUGAGAUUGAACCAGUCUCGCUACAUGACCCCACCUCGUCGGUCGGGCUUCGGAUUCUCGUACUCAACAUAUGGUACCCCCAACAGCGCAGCCAGCACACCCGGCGGCAGUGGCUUGAGUGGCAGCAUGUAUGGUAGCCGGAGCUUCAAUGGCGGCAGCUUCGGUCGUUCAUUUGGAAAGAGUGCAUCUGUCAGCAAUCUGCGGUCUCAUUUCAAUGCAGAUGGCAAUGGCGUCCUCAGUCCAGAUGCUUUCGCUGUUACCAAUACUAGAUGGUCCGGCGGCAGCAUGCGCCGUCUGACUAUUGAUCGGAGCAUACGAAACGAUCUCUUCAGCCGACCUUCCUUGCCCGCUUUUCCGACGAACGGCCUUGACAAGUCCACCAACGCCAAUACCGCACUCGCUCCAACGAAUCUCGACUCAUCAGGUGCGGAGCCGGCGAACAAGCUCAAGAAGCGAGUUAGCUUUGACAAAGAUACCGCGGGGGGCCAGAAUGGCGCCUCGAACGGUGAAGCUGGUGCUCUGGUGCCGGUCGAGGAUGACGAAGACGAGCACGAGCGCAUCAGAACCACGAACGGAAGUGCCACACCUGAAGCCGAGCCUGUCCGAGGGAAUGAGCUUGCUGUUGUCCCGGAAGAUCGUGAGGCCAGCGAUGUAUCCUCCCGAAAGGUAACCGUGCAGGCCAAGCCCGAUCCUCAACCUGGCGACUACUGGAUGAAGCCGACUCGUGCCGAACUCAGUAAGCUUCCGCGCGAGAAGUUGUCGCGGUUUGUUGGCUUCGAGGUGGGCCGGAAGGGAUGCGGUAAAGUCGUGUUCAACGGCCCGGUCGACCUGACCAGCAUUCCACUCGACGAUCUGUAUGAGAAAAUCGUCGAAAUUCGCCUCCGUUCGGUCACAGUCUAUCCCGACGCGAGCUCCAAACCGCCAGUUGGCAAGGGACUGAACGUUCCUUCGACCAUCUCGAUCGAGAACUCUUGGCCCCGGGCUCGCGGCCAGCCGUCCUCGGCCACUAGCGGACCCAUCUUUGACAAGCAUGUUAAUCGCCUCAAGAAGAUGAACGGUACUGAAUUCGUGAGCUACGACGUGGCUACAGGCGUUUGGACCUUCCGAGUUCCUCAUUACACGCGUUACGGAUUGGAUUACGAUGAGGAUGACGAGUUGGGCCAGAGCCAACUCUCCGCUCCGCCCGACUCACUGACAAGCUCCCGAUCUGCGGACCACUCGGGAAUGGACAUUGACAGCGAAGGACACGAUGAUUACGAGGAUGAAGGUGACGAUGACGACGAUACCUUCGCAUUCAAGCAGAAGACGCUGCCUGGUGGUUAUGGUCGCCAGUCUGCCAUCGAGUAUGAGCGUGAUGUUCCCUCAGCUCAGGAAGUCGAGGACGGUUCGGCAGAUUCCGAAAUGGAGGAAGACGACUAUGAGGAAGAAAACCAGGACGAAAUGAGCAUGGCUGGUUCAUACCCGCCUCCAGCGGCCAGUCCUGCCAAACCCAUCCUCAAGGCUAGCACCAUGGGGACGCCCCGCAAAGCCCUCAUUAACAUUGAUGGCGACUGGGCGGAACAGCUCCAACGUACCAUCAGCCCGCGGAAGCAGAAUCGCGAUGCGCUUCGAGAGGUCCAGAGCAAGGUGCUGCUGGAUCGUGCAUAUGAACCAAUCAAGCCGAGCUCGACGAGAAUUGCGAACAAGAAGGACUUUCGAACCAGCAUCGACAUCAUGCACUCUCUGUUCAGCAGACAUGAGGAGAGAAUGGCGGACUUGAAAGGGAGGAAAGGCAAGGCGCAGACUGAGCCGGAUUUCGAGUUUCCAUAUGCCAAGCGCGCAAAGACCUUCGACGACCAAGCUCAAGCCGAUGCGAUCGAACUCGGGGAAGACGACAAGCACUGGCACGCCAGUUUCAAGCCCCAUUUCACGCCGACAAACAAGCUCAUCUACAAGUCAGACGGAUUGGCAGGUGAUAAAGGCCGGACCACGCAGCUAUUGGCACACAGUGAAGCGACUGGCAAAGAAGUUGUGGCUGCGUCGCUCGAGGCGGCCAAUACCGAGGACGCCGCCGUGGACGUCAAAGUCCUUCUAACGGAUGUGAAGGUUUCUGUCAAGGACAACGUCCCGUUUAUCAAACACGACGCUCUCCCAUUCUCGCAAGUCAAAGCUCACCUGGCCCAGCAAGUUGGUGGGGCCGACGAACUGGACGUCUACGAGCUGCUGCACGUCCUGUUCGAUGACUACGAAGACGAAUUCACCACCGGCCUGUCCCGCCAACAGCAGCAAGAGUAUACGUCGCGGAUCCGAAAGGACCGACUGUCGAAGUAUCUGGCCGACCUUGUCUGGCGCCGCCACGGGGACCGCAUCAAGGCAGCCUCCAAAAUCAAUGCCGCGACCGCUGCCAUCCUCCAGUUGACUGCGAAGAACGUGCACGCCGCAUGCGAUGCGCUGAUGCAGGAGGAGAACUUCCACCUCACAUUGCUCGUGGCGCAGAUCGAGCAAGCUGAUUCGGCCUUUCAGGCAGAUAUUGCCACUCAGAUCUCCGACUGGCGCGGACAGGCCGUCAUCUCCGAGAUGAGCGAAGAGAUUAGGGCGUUGUACGAGAUCGUCUCGGGAAAUACUAGUAUUGCGCAGGGUCGGCAGAACGUAGCCGUCGAGGACCGUGCCUCGACAUUUGCCAUUUCGGAGAAGUUCGAGCUGGAUUGGAUCCAGGCGUUUGCGCUGUGCUUGUGGUAUGGAAAACACAAGAACGGCGACAUCGGUGAGAUCGUCGCGGACUUUCAGACCAAGUUGACCUCCAACCUCGAGUCGGCGACCCCGGUGCGCACCAACGGAUCCGAGGAUCCUCUAUGGGUCGUGUUGAGGCUUUUUGCGAGCAGUACCAGCAAGGGCAACAAGGGAAGCCGAGCAAAUGCUGCCAACGCCGCCGCCAAAGUCGAGAAACCGGUUCUGCCGCAGGCCUUGUCUGCGCUGUCUGAGCCAUGGAACUCGCAGAAGACGUGCCGCCUGCACAACGCCAUCGCCGCGGCGCUGUCCCCUGAUGUUUCUAUCGACCAAGAGAAAGCCGACGCCCUCGCCCUGACGCUGGCGUUUGAGCAUUCGACCCGCGGAAACAUUGUGGAGGCUGUAUACGCGCUUCUGCACCUUAGCGACGCGACAAUGCGAGCACGUCAGAUCCAGGACCUUCUCGAUCGCCACGCUGCGAGCCUGCCGGCACCAUCUUCACAGUCCCGGCCGCUUUGGACUGCUCUUACCACGGCGUUCCACAUCCCAACCACAUGGCUGUAUCGUUCAAAGGCGCUCUACGCGCGGUCAUGCAACGAAUCGCUCGCCGAACUCCACUGUCUCGUCCUGGCGACGGAGUAUGCCCAAGCUCACGCGUGCUUACUUCGCCGCGUCGCGCCCCGGUUCGUCAUUGAUGAAGACUGGGAGGGACUAAGCAACGUGCUUGCGCGGUUCGGCGAGGAUGCUGCACACAAAGUCGAUGCCGCCGCCGCCACCGUCACGGCUUCAGCCGAGCAGGACACGAGUCCAGAAUGGAAGAGCGGGGGAGGCGUCUAUGCGGACUUUGUGGACCUAAUGGCACUCAUAGGUCCCGCACGCGCGUCGGGUCAAGGUCAAGACACAACUGAGAAGCGCAAGAACAAGACCGCUCUGCUUGAACGACUACAAGGCGGGCUGAGGGAAUUGAGUGCGCGGUUCAAAUCGGGCACAAGCAGCUCUGGUUCGGAUUCGGAUCUGGCGAAGGACCGAGAGAAGCUCGAGGAAAGAGUGGCGCUGCGCGAGAUGGGCAGGGCCGUGGCCAGAGCGAUUGAGCUGGAGAGUGAGACGGACAGUGACAGUGGCGAUGACACCGGCAUGGCCCACCAGAAAUCGAUCCUCGAUCUCCCACUCACCGCGGACGCGAGGUUGGUCCACGCGCGAGCUCUGGGCGUGGAAUACUAUUGUGGUGUCAUGGCCGUGGCGCAUUGA